AUGGGUGACAGUGGUGUUACAGCACGACACAAAACCAUACCGGAUGACAAGGUAAGCUGCUUGAACCUAUUUCAUCUCUAAAGGUAAUGGUUUUCAAACCUUCGAGGUUUGGUCAAAGUACUACGUUUUAAGAUAAAACUAAUACCCAUGUGCUUAAAUCAGGAUGAAAAAGUGGUACUACAUUACAAGAGUUUCCUUCGCUUUGAACUUUUUAGUACAGUUGCGGCAGUCGCGCAACCGAAUUAAGUCCACUCCUUUUGUGCUUCAGGAGUCAAAAAAAUGAUACAUUAAAGGUAGAGUUUAGAUUCUGGGCUGGAACGCUUUUUUUUAUAAACCUGGAUGGUUUUUGAUGACAUAACUUUGUUUUUAACAAUCUCGAAAAGAUGCCUUCUCGCCACUCGUGCGUGAAAUGCAGUUGUCGUGAGUGCGAAGUUGUGAAUUUUUGGAACCCCUUUUUUGACCCUAAAGCCAGCGAUUUUGAAAUGAAAUUUAAAGAGAUUGUCUUGAAAGUACACUCUUCCCUCGAAGAUGAGAAAAUAUACAACAUGGUGAUCGAAUAGAUGGGGAAGGGGUAUAAUAUCUUUCAUCGAAAACAAUAAAUAUUCGCACUUUUCAUAGGAUAGAUCCAAGAUCAAGUUAGCCCUACAGCUUAAAUCUGUAAUUGUUCUGUUUCGUUAGUUUUGUGAUGAAGUCGUGUUGUGGAGCGUGGUUUUAUUGGUAGANUAAAGCCAGCGAUUUUGAAAUGAAAUUUAAAGAGAUUGUCUUGAAAGUACACUCUUCCCUCGAAGAUGAGAAAAUAUACAACAUGGUGAUCGAAUAGAUGGGGAAGGGGUAUAAUAUCUUUCAUCGAAAACAAUAAAUAUUCGCACUUUUCAUAGGAUAGAUCCAAGAUCAAGUUAGCCCUACAGCUUAAAUCUGUAAUUGUUCUGUUUCGUUAGUUUUGUGAUGAAGUCGUGUUGUGGAGCGUGGUUUUAUUGGUAGAUUUCUUUACCUUAUUAAUUUUCAACAAUUUCGCGAAGAUCACCAACAGCGCGCAACAAAAAAUUGUUUGAGAGGUGAUCCGUUGACAACUCAAGAAUUAAAAGUCUGUCUGUAAAUUUAAUGUCACUUGAGCGUUAAUGUAGCACCAUUUUCCCCAAAAAGCGAUGGCUGUAAUUUUGCCCAAAACCAGCCUCUGAAUAAACUUUUUUAGGUUUGCAGAUUAUGAUUCACCAUGGUUUCCUAAACAAUGAAUAGUUAGCCACUUAGUAAACAAUAAUAGAAAAUGCUGUGGACCAGACGGUCUUGAUGAUGAAUUUUUUUGCACAAGUAUAAAGCAGUGUUCACCUGAGCAAUUUUCUCUGAAAAAAGGAAAGUUAAUUAAAGUGCUAUGCAUGAGAUUUCCUCUAGAAAUUUGUCGCAGGUAAUUUAGUAGUGCAAUACCCACAACAGGUAAAAAAAAAAUAAAACUUCAAUUCUUUGCAGUAUAUUCAAAUGAAAAUAGCUUGCUUUAAUCAGCAUAUGCAUUGCCGAUUCUUACAGACUUUUAUGAUUUUGCUGACUGCGUCGUGACGAAAUCCAGCAUGUUUGCUGCCAGCAGUUUCAGGAUCACAAAUCAGUAAUCAUGGCUAUCAAUUCCAAAUGACCUUGUUACCUUGUGCAUCAAUUUUGAGCAUUUAAGACUGAUAACUUUCAUAGCCAUAAUAAAAUGCUUGCAGAAAGUCCACUUAUUGUUGUCUUAAGCAUCAUUAGAUGACUUCAAAAAAAAUCAAAGCACUUAUUCUUUCAUUCUUUAGCAGUUUCAGUCCUAGAGCAAGUUAUAGAAAGAUUAUUUCAAUUCAACUCUGCCCAUGAAAUCUAUGGUGUUACCAUUCAAAUGAAACUUCUUCAGCAGAACUUUUUCACAGUGCUAUUUACUUCUAGGGAUACUACAAAGUGAAGUUUGGAUUUUUUGUGAAUAAUAAUUUUUUUUCUGUGGACUUUAUCAGGAGUAAAACGUUUAAUGCCAUCUAAGCCUAAGCUAUAUCAUUAAAAAGAAUAGCUGCUCAACAAAAGAAAAGAAGCUUAUUCUUAGAAUGAAAUUUUCUUGAAUAACUGUUAAUUUUAAUCUUGGGUGGACAGCAUGCAAAGAAAGUAUUGUCCAAUAGCCCAUGGCUAGUGGAUUUUACUAUGGGGCUAGUGAAUUCUGUUUUUAACUUGCCCGACGGGCAAGUGAUGUUUUUUGAGGAAUUCGAAUAACAGAAGAUCUGUGAAAUCAAUUCUGCUCAUCAAAAAGCUUUUGGGGCUAGUUGAAAUGACGUCUGGACUAGUAAAUGCUAGCUUCAGCUUGCCCGAAUAGCAAGCUUUAAAAAAUGAUUUUCUUUGCACCCUGGUUGAGUACAUGAGUAAUAAUUAGGCCUAAAAAAACGUAAAUUCCCGGAUGCCCUUUGGACAGGCAGCUGUCACAUCUUACCUGCCCAGGACCAUUGCUUGCUUGCUUGUCUUAAUUUAUGAUUUAGAUACAACAUGACUUGCCUGGACAGGAGGGGACGAUUUUCAAGCCCUGAGUCACAGUAAUAGGUCUUCACACCUCCCCAAAAGAAAAAGAAUACAAGGGUACCAAUGCUGAAAACACUGGAAACAGAAUUACAUGUGGAAACCUAAAAAGCCCUUUGAAAAGUUUAUUUAAACCAAGUGUUUUGCAAUUUACAGAGAUAACUAAAAACCACUUAACCCCUUACCUACCAAAGGACUGUAUACACAUACUGUGUGAGGUCAUUCAGCAUUCCAGGAGGUAUAUAUAGGUCUUCAGAAAAAUGAAAUCACCAAAAGUCCAGUGGUUCCAGUUGCCUGGAUAAAUGAACUCCCUUCGCUGAGAAAGGUCUGGCCAGUUGCUGGGUGUAUUUGGCUCUGGUAGGCAAGGGAUUAAGACACCGAAACAAAAAUCCUCAAAAUCAAUAAAUUUUAAAUAAACUCAAACUGCUUUCAAAAAAGGAUUGAACUCCAAAACUGAAAACCACAAUGCUGCAUCCUCCAUCCCCCCAAAAAAGGAAAUUCCUUCUUGUCAGCAGUACUCUUGAAUUGACUAAAACUUUCUAAAAAUACCUUGGCCUUAUGUAUUUACUCUCAUAUAAAGAACUAGCAUUUAAUGUGUCAGCUGUUCAAUGUUCUGUGGGACUUCGCCGAUAAGACGUUGAUAUGUUUGCGACUUCAUAGCCACAAUCUAAUGUUGGCACUUAAAAUUAGUGCUGAAUUUUUAGAAUUAUUCUCCUAGUUACCUCUGAGGAAAUAAUAAACAUUGUCCAUGUUUUCCAGGCUAUAAUCAUCAUUCUGUGACUCUUUUUUUUCAGAUAUGUCUGCGAUUAAUUCUGGUCUCUGGCAAGACACAUGAAUUUAUAUUUUCACCUAGUGACACAGUAUAUUAUAUAACACAACAUGUUUAUGAAAACUGGCCUGAAGGUACGUAGCUGAUUGCUUUCAGUAAGUGAGUUUUGCGGUAAUGUGCAGAAUCCACAAUUCUAGUGCUUGGACAAGCCAGCGCAUUUGAAAAACAUGACAUAGAAAGGGUUUCUGGCACAAGCCUACAGAUAAUGUUCCCCUUUUGGAAGGGUCACAUGUGUCACCAGAUCAUUGUUUUGGCCAGACAAACCUGAAAAGUUGUCAGACACACGUUAUGUUGACUUUUAAUUUCUUUAAUCAGGGUCCGAAAUUAACUUUUUAAUACGGGCGCCAACUGGUGAUCAAAUAUAAAUUUUUGGUCGCCAGAGGGCAAAUUGUGGUCGCCAAAAAUUCCGCCUCCCUUUUUUUCAAAUAAAAUUUUAAACACGAAUAAAAAAUGCAUGGUAUGGACGUUUUUUUUUAUGCUCAAAAAUUGCACUGCUUUCGCUCCCGAUACCAGAAAGCAACCAUACGUGUACGAGUGAAUUCCUAUUUUUUCCACAAAUUACUUUUUGGAGAUGUAAAGCUAUCUGACCCAGAACAUAGGAACAGAAAGCUGUCUGCCCAUGACUGCACUCAUCAUAUCAAAACUCUAUUUUCUUCCGAUAACUACCACGAAACACGAAACAUAAACACGAGUCAGCCAUCUCGCUCGUACCAGGCCACAACUGUGCCAGGUUACUCGUACCAGUCCACAAAGUACAUAACGUACGCUGAAAACAACAUGGCGGCUUGGAAACGUUCAACUCGUAUUGAUCGUAGCUGUUGUGGAGGUAUCAUUACAGGAAGAUUCGUUUCACUUUUAAUUAAAAAAUAUCAGCAGGACAAAAAGGAAGACACCUGUUGGCAAAUAGCUUCGAGGUUUCAAUUCUUAAUCAGUUCCUCCGAACGUUAAAGUCCACAAUAACAACCAGCUUUACAAGUCGCUAGCUGGCGACCAGCUAUGAAAUUCUGGUCGCCAGGACUAAAUUUUUAGUCGCAUUGGCGACCAGGAAGGUGCAAUUUCGGACCCUGUUAAUUACUAUGUUAAUGCACAUUAAUAAUAAAAUUUUAUUUUUUUCUGAAUGAAGGAUUACUUUUCCCGAAAUUUAAGCUGUUGCAUUGAUUGUUAUAGAGUGGCCAUUGUUCAGAGCUUAAGCAGUUGAUGUUUUAAUGUUUUCCUUUUAAAUCAAGAUUUUCUACAUUAUAAAGGGCUAACUCUGCACACGGCUGCUUUUGAAUCACUAUGAUUUCAUUAAUGACAGAAGUGAUUAAAUUUUUAUUUAUCUCUUAGUUUACAAAACCCAUUAUUUUUUAUUAGUUUAUUGGUUAAUCUUGUGUUCAGUGAGCAUAAAACUAAACUGUUUGUGACUAUGAAGUAAAUCAUUUUAUUUGUUUUAUCUGCUUGUUUGUUUUUCCCUUAGAUUGGAAAGAUGAAGCAGUUAGUUCCCAUAACAUACUAAAACUUAUCUACCAUGGUCGGUUUCUACAUGGCAAUGUUUCUUUAGCAGGCAAGUGUUUUUAUAAGCUAUUCAUAGUAAUGGAUUCUCAUGAACUGAACAUUGACAGCAAGUUUCUUUGUUCUUAGCUCUCCAUUUAGAGACUGGCAAGCGAAGUGUAAUGCACCUUGUAGCGAGAGAAAACUUACCGGAACCCGCCACUCAAGGUAGGAACAAAAGCACAUUUAAAGUCUCAGGGGUUUCAAUAAUCACUGUUGGCUGGCAAAAACCAUUGGCUGCUUCACUGAGAGAAGUCAGCUUUUCUCUUCCAUAAGUUGAAGUGAUUAUCCCAAACCUUGAGGAUACAAUUGGUAACUCUAGUCAAACCAGUUGCCUACUUGAGAUUAUUUUUAUUGAAAUAGGGCUAACACUUAAGAUGUAAAGUUGCUGGGUAAAUGCAAUUAGUUGGUGGAGAAUAAUAUUGUACAGCUAGGAAGUUCUUUUGGUUCUAUUUUCCCUCUGUUUCCUACAAAAUUAAUCGGGGAUUAUGCUCGUAGUACCCAAGGAAAAUCCCUUCUUCCCAACCCUUGCCCUUAGUGGCAGCCCUGUUGAUGCCUUUGAUUAACCUAGAUCAGGUCUCUAUCAAUGACUCCAUGUGUUGUGGGGUAUCUUUAAGUUAGCUUUCACAUAAAUAAAAUAGUUCCUAAUGCUACAUUUUCUCUUGCCAAUUUACAGGUCAAAGAAAUCGAGAGAAAAUUAAUGAACAAAGUUGCUGUUGUAGUAUUGUUUGA